AUGGCUGCGAAGUUUCUAUCGAAGCCAUGCCGGCAGCACAGAGAAUUUCAAAAAGCUCCAGUAUCACUAUCCCGAGGCGACACUGUUCUAAUGCCGUCCAUGCAGGAAUCACCGCUCCGCUGUUCGGAACGGCUGCUGCGAACGGUCUGCAAGAUCCUUGCGCGAAGGAUUUCGCAUCCCGCUCUGGAAGACAAGUCGGCGGCCAGUAAGUCUCGGCAUCACAGACUUUCACCGUGCGAGGCCAAGCACUUUACAUGUCCGGAGCUGGGGGGCUCUAAGAACAAAAACCUGCUGAAAAUCAGCUUCGAACCACGCGCGACGACCUCCAAGCAGGCGUUUGGAAAAGGCUUCGGCUGCGGGACGAACCCUGCAAGUGCCAGCCUGCGGGCCAUCAGAACGCAGCGUCUAGACACGUAA